AUGGAAAACACGAACAACAACGGCUUACGCCUCGAAUUAGUGGUUGUCAUGCAUCGGGAGUGCCUGCACAACCACGGGGCUCCCCUCAGACGAUACAUUCUCGACGGAUGUCUCCUGUUUGAGCCCAAGGGCCCAAAUGGGAGCCCGGAUUUCCUGCAGUGUGCUGCCUGUGGCUGCCACCGCAACUUUCACCGGAGGGUGGAGGUCACCCUCCCCCGGUUUGACCGGGCCCCGCCAGCCGAGAUCACAGACCUGCAACCCCGGGCCCAGGCCCAUCAGCAAAACCCACCCCAGCAGGCUCCAGGGCCCGAAAUCGCCAAUCUUCCCCCUAAUGGGCCUCAGAUCCACAGAAUGGUGAACCAGCAGGUGGAGGAGGAGGAGGAGGAGGAGGAGGAGCCUGUAGUUCAGAGGAGAAGGAUGACAGUUGAGCAGAAGGAGAUGCUGAGGGACAUCGUUGAAAGCAAAAAUUUUAAAAUGUUCAGGGAUUACUCUCCGGAGGAAGUGGCGCAGGUGUGCGCGGAUGUCGGGAUCCCGAGGCUGUGCCUCAAGAAUUGGAUCUCGAUCCUCAGGCGUGAACGAGAGGUUUGGAUGGCGAAUGCCGAUCAGGACUAG